UCAUUCUAGGCAUUCGAUCACACUAUCUCCAGCUAGCUAACAUUAGCUUAGCUAUCUAGCUAAGCUACAGACGUUGAACAUUUAGGUUGUGCUCCAAAAUAUUAACCAGGUAGCUAUGACAUCCUCCAUCGUAGUCCCUGUUAUUGAUGUGCAGAAUGAUAAUUUCAAAGAACUGUGGCCUGCUAUGGUCCUUGCAAUCAAGACUGCCUCCUUCAUUGCACUGGAUACGGUAAGUGUCCCAUCAGUUUAGUAGACAAAUAUAGCUAGCUACAUCCAUGGUGUUCUAUACGUAAUUAUAUGGGCACAACAACCUUUAUGUAGGUCCAUUGAUACUAAUAAUGUCAUAUUCUGUCUGUGCAUGUUUUGUUUCAGGAAUUGAGUGGCCUUGGAAAUAGAAAAGCUUUACUGGCAGAGUGAGUAUGGAUGUUUAUUAAUUUCAGUUUAAUCUGGAUUUCUCAUUAUGUAAUGUACUUGCACUAUGGUAUCUCAAUCUAAAGUGUUACAUUGGAUCUAUCUCUGUUUUAAUUUUAAGAUGCAUAGAGGACCGUUACAAAGCGAUAUGCAAUGCAGCUCGCACACGCUCCAUUCUCUCCCUUGGGUUUGCUUGUUAUAAGAAACUUGAAAACAAGGUAAACGUCUCCUAUGUACAUUUUGACAUUCAGAAAGCUAAACAUAAAAUGUAACAUUAAUUGAUGUCAUAUCUCUUUCCAGGAUGAUGAUACGUACCUUGUGCAGGUGUACAACCUGACAUUGCUCUGCAGUGAGAAGUACAUAAUUGAACCACAGUCCGUGCAGUUCCUGGUGCAACAUGGAUUUGACUUCAACAAACAAUAUGCUGAAGGUGUUCCUUAUCUCAGGGGAAAUUACAGGGUGAGAUCAAGAUUUUGUUGUGAUCACUCAUAGAUUCGCAGAGACAAAUGCACACGUUUAACCGCUACUAGGCUGCAGAUUUGAUUUUGUGGACUAUUCCUUAUUGUUACCUUUAAGCAGUGAAGUGAUCCAGCGUUCUAUUCCUUUCUUGUAUCCAGGGAGUGGAUGCCCAUGGAAUAAACAUGAGGAUGCUGUUUGUGGAACUCCUACGGGCUCGCAAGCCUUUGGUGCUGCACAACGGCUUGAUUGACAUGGUGUUCCUUUAUCAGUGCUUCUAUGCCCAACUGCCAGAUAAACUAGGCACUUUCACUGCUGACUUGUCCCAGAUGUUCCCUGCUGGGAUCUAUGACACCAAGUACGCUACAGAGUAUGAGCUGCGCUUUGCUGCCUCUUACCUGGAGUAUGCCUACAAGAAAUGGUUAGUAUAGUAAAUACUAAUAUAUAUUCAGGGCUCUAUUCAAUCACAUCCGCUUUAGCCGACAUCCGCAUAGCGGUUGUUUUGACAUGUCAGAAGUGGAACUGUGUUAGAGCUGUCAAAUCCACAAGUGGCUCCCGACAUUAUACCUAAAGCGGACAUUGCCAUUGGCUGCACGUAGUCACAUUAACAGAAAUCCCCAUGUAGCCUUGUUUACAAGUUUGAACGCUGGAAUUUGAUAUGUAAUCUACACCUCGAUUAGGAUGAUAGAAAUCUGCAUUAUUUAAUGAUUUUUCAAUUUGCGCGUAAUUAUUUCUAUAUAGCCUACACUUUCUCGUUCUGAACUUCUAACGGGAGUGGGGCAGGUAUGGCUUUAAAACAAUGACCACAAGAGCAGCUGCUCACCGAUUUUGACUGAGCCAACGCAGUUCCACCUCUGACAGUGCCAAAACAUCCGCUAUGCAGGUUUCUGCUAUUGCCAGUUAACGCUUGAUCUGAUUGAAUCUAGGCCUUAGUCUAUCCAACCAUAAAGCUGUGGUAGUACAUCAAUGCUGUUUGCUACUAAACUUUGAUUAGUACAGUGCAUUCGGAAAGUAUUCCGACCCCUUGACUUUUUCCACAUUGUUACGUUAGUCUUAUUCUAGGAUGGAUUAAAUAAAACAAUUUCCUCAUCAAUCUACACACAAUACCCCAUAAUGACAAAGCGAAAACAGGUUUUUAGAAAUAUUUGCAAAUGUAUUAAAUAGUAAACAGAAAUACCUUAUUUACAUAAACAUUCAGACCCUUUGCUAUGAGACUUGAAAUUGAGCUCAGGUGCAUCCUGUUUCUAUUGAUCAUCCUUGAGACGUUUCUACAACUUGAUUGGAGUCCACCUGUGAUAAAUUCAAUUGAUUGGACAUGAUUUGGAAAAGCACACACCUGUCUAUAUAAGGUCCCACAGUUGACAGUGCAUGUCAGAGCAAAAACCAAGCCAUGCGGUCGAAGGAAUUGUCCGUAGAGCGCCGAGACAGGAUUGUGUCGAGGCACAGAUCUGGGGAAGGGUACCAAAACAUUUCUUCAGCAUUGAAGGUCCCCAAGAACACAGUGGCCUCCAUCAUUCUUAAAUGGAAAAAGUUUGUAACCACCAAGACUUCCUAGAGCUGGCCGCCCAGCCAAACUGAGAAAUCGGGGGAGAAGGGCCUUGGUCAGAAAGGUGACCAAGAACCCGAUUGCCACUGAAAGCGCUCCAGAGUUCCUCUGUGGAGAUGGGAGAACCUUCCAGAAGGACAACCAGCUCUGCAGCACUCCACCAAUCAGGCCUUUAUGGUAGAGUGGCCAGAUGGAAUCCACUUCUUAUUAAAAAGCAUGACAGCCUGCUUGGAGUUUGCCAAAAGGCACCUAAAGGACUCUGACCAUGAGAAACAAAAUUAUCUUGUCUGAUGAAACCAAGAUUCAACUCUUUGGCCUGAAUGCCAAGCGUCACGUCUGGAGGAAACCUGGCACCAUCCCUACUGUGAAGAAUGGUGGUGGCAACAUCCUGCUGUGGGGAUGUUUUUCAAUGGCAGGGACUGGGAGACUAGACCGGAUCAAGGGAAAGAUGAACGGAGCAAAGUACAGAGGGUAACGUAACAAAAUGUGGAAAAAGUCAAGGGGUCUGAUUACUUUCCGAAUGCACUGUAUCAACACCACAUUUCAAGAGGUAGUUAAAGUAUAUAUAUAUAUAUAUAUAUAUAUAUAUUUUUUUUUACAGCAAAUUGGACAACAGCAAGUCGAUUGAGGCUGGUGGUAGUGGACGCCAUCUGUUCCUGGAGUUCUGCAAAUACACAGGCCACCUGAGCAAAUAUGUGGACUACAGGCCCUGUCUGGCUGGGUCUAGCCCGGAUGGACCGCUCAAUGUCUGCCAGCGCUUCUCUGUAAGUAGUUGUACAUCACUUCUCAUAAACCAGGUUGUUUUAAAGGAUCCCUAAAAUGUCUGUGCCAGGAUGAUCAGCACUGGGGUAUUUCAUGGACUAUUUUUCUAAUGGUAAUGCAGACUCAAAUAAUCAGUGCCAUGUUUACCACUUAGCUUGUGUUUUCUGUAUUUGCCAGGAUUAUGAUUGGUGCCCCAAUGGGUCACAGUGUCCCUUGUCACAUGACACCGACCUCAUCAUCCAGCAUGAUGAAAAAAACAAGAAAAAGAAACGGAAGAGGAAAAGAAAUAGCUCUUCUCAGGGGAAAGCUGAGGUUGAAGGUGCCCCCGAGAGCAAGCAGCCCCAUAUGGAGCUGGAGCAGGUGAUCCCUGACAGAGACACCAAACCUCUCCCUGUCACAGAGCUGGCAGAUGGGGCUCAGGCACAGGGGUCAGAGAGCGACGAGAAAAUGAACACUAAGGUGGAGGAAGGCAACGGAGUCAGAGAGCCACAGGCUGCGUCUGCAGAUGGGGAAUUGAAGACUGACAAAGAAGAGGUGGAAGGAAAUGGAGUGUCAGAGCCACAGCCUCUCGCCACACCAGCUGCAGAGAAGAAAGAAGAGUCCAUGAGGAAGAAGCUGGAGGGUGGUACACACCGGACAGGGUUUGAUGCAUUCAUGACAGGCUACAUUUUCUCCUAUGCCGCCACUUUGACAGAGAGAGUAGGUGAGCCACUGAGCUCAGAGUCCUGGCUCCCUGAGUGCCUGAACAAGGUUUACCUCAGUGGCAAGUCUGUCCCGAUGCAUAUCGUCAAGAGCACAUUCUCCAAGUCCUUCAAGGCUCACAUGCGCAUGAUGGCUGUCGUGUGGGGAAAGAGCGUGGUUAGCAAAGUAGAGGGAACUGUGUAA